UGACACUCCAUGCAUAUUGGAAACAUAUAUCAUAAAAUUUAUUAGGUAUAGCAAUUGUAGCCAUGAAAUCCUCUUGUGCCAUCUUAACUCUCCUUCCCCUUGUUUUGUUGACUAGUACUAUUGAGUCAAGAAUUGAACCAGGAGCAUACUGGAGAAGUGUGAUGAAAGAUCAGCCUAUGCCAAAGGCAAUUCACAGGCUUAUUCCUUCAUAUUCAAUAGCAGAGCAUUCCAAUGAAAAAUCCAACUGCAAUGAAGAAGAAGUGAACUCUUUUUGUGAGAACUCUAGACCCACACCUGAUACCACAAUAACUUACAAUGAUCAUGUUAAAAUAGAAAAAUCUUCUGUCAAGCAUUUUGAAGCCGCGCCGGAUGUCACAGUUAUUUACAACGAUGAUGUUAAAUCAACAAAAUCUUCUUCGGUGAAGAACUUUGAUGGCUCUUCUGAUGCCACAAUUAUUUAUAAUGAUGCUAAAGCGGCAAAAUCCUCUGGUCAGAGUUUUGAGGCUGCCCCUGCUAUCACAAUCAUUUACAAUGGUGCUAAACCAGCAAAAUCCUCUGGUGAGAGUUUUGAUGCUGCCCCUGAUGCCACAAUUAUCUACAAUGGUGCCAAACCAGCAAAAUCCUCUGGUGAGAGUUUUGAGGCUGCCCCUGAUGCCACAAUCAUGUACAAUGGUGCUAAACCGGCAAAAUCCUCUGGUGAGAGUUUUGAUGCUGCCCCUGAUGCCACAAUUAUCUACAAUGGUGCUAAACCAGCAAAAUCCUCUGCUGAGAGUUUUGAGGCUGCCCCUGAUGCCACAAUCAUUUACAAUGGUGCUAAACCGGCAAAAUCCUCUGGUGGGAGUUUUGAUGCUGCCCCUGAUGCCACAAUUAUCUACAAUGGUGCUAAACCAGCAAAAUCCUCUGCUGAGAGUUUUGAGGCUGCCCCUGAUGCCACAAUCAUUUACAAUGGUGCUAAACCAGCAAAAUCCUCUGGUGAGAGUUUUGAUGUUGCCCCUGAUGCCACAAUCAUUUACAAUGGUGCUAAACCAGCAAAAUCCUCUGAUGGGAGUUUUGAUGUUGCCCCUGAUGCCACAAUUAUCUACAAUGGCGCUAAACUAGCAAAAUCCUCUGGUGAGAGCUCUGAGGCUGCCUCUGAUGUCACAAUUAUCUAUAAUGAUGCUAAACCAGCAAAACCCUCUAUUGAGAGUUUUGAGGCUGCCCCUGAUGCCACAAUUAUUUACAAUGAUCCUAAACCAGUACAACCCUCCGAGGCUGCCCCUGAUAUCACAAUUAUUUAUAACGAUGCUAAACCAGAUAAAUCCACCGUCAAAUACUUUGAGACCACCCCUGAUGCCACAAUUAUUUACAAUGGUGCCAAGCCUGCAAAAUCCACCUUUCAAGACUUCGAAGGCACAUCCGACAUCACAAUUGUUUACCGUGAUGAUGCAAGAAAAGCAGAAUCCUUUGUUAAGGACUUCAUGACUGCACAUGAUGUCACAGCAACCUACCAUGGUGGCGUUUGGUCCUUAUAAAAGAAAGACGCCAUCUGCAAAGCCAAGGCCAAAGAAUCCUGUUUAUGUGCAGUGACAGUAUUGGAUUGCUGUUGUUUAAAAACUAUGUUUAAAUCAAAUUAGGUUUCUAUGUAUCUGUAUGCUUUAGGAAUGAAAUAAGCUAGCAAGAGAUGUGAUGCAGCAUGAUUCAUUAUUGUAAAACAUAUGGUUUCUGUAUUAUGUAUGUUAUGUGUUUUCUAACUAAUAUUAGUGUGGUUA